AUGUCGCCACAGGACAUGUUUUUCAAGUCCCAGGACGGUAUUUCUGGCGGUGGCGUUGGGCACCGGAUGCAUGUCCAGUCAUCCGGUGGUGGCUUCCACCAUGGUAGCAAUGUCUUGCCAUAUAUCAACGGCCCAGAUGGGUUUCCCUCUAAGUUUCCAAUUGACCUUCUUCCAUCUGUCCAACCACCAGAGCAUUGGUCACCAUCCACGAAUCCACGUAGAGCGCCUGAGCCACCUCGCCCGAGUUUGUCAGAUAGUUUCGAUCGAUUUCCAGGUACUGGCCGGGGCCGGGGUCGAGGAGAUGCUCUUAACGGCGUGGGCGCGUCGGAGCGUGGAGGUGGGGUCUGUCUUGGGGGCAGCAGUUCCCACAGUUCAGUCUCGGUCGAAAAGCAGCACAAAACAGGCGGCCCCUUCCUGCAGCAGGAACCUUUGCGACCUCCAAAGACAGCGCCGCUGGGCACCGGAAACGCAGGUACUGGCCACCCUUCUAGAGGCCCCCGGUGUCGAAGGUGUCGAGGAGGAAAGAACACCCUGCAACAGGCAAGAAUUCCAUCUGGAUCACAAGGGAAAGUUUCAGUUCCUGAUUCUGGACUGGAAAUGGCUGAAUCUCAGGUGGCUGUGGCUCCUGUAAUAACAUCAAAGUUGUCCGUUAAAGCACCUGAGUUUUAUCCAUCAGGAUAUAACCAGAACUUUCCAGAUUCUUCCUUUGAAGAUGAAUAUGAUGGCUAUCUGACUUUGGCAGAAUAUGUACAAGACUUCCUAAAUCACCUUGCCGAGCAACCAGGUUGUUUUGAAACUGAAAUAGAGCAGUUUGCUGAAACAGUGAAUGGCUGGGUCGCUGCAGAUGAAACUUUGCAAGAACUUGUUGAACUCGUAUAUCAACAGGCCACAACUGUUCCAAAUUUUUCCUACAUGGGAGCACGGUUGUGUAACUAUCUAUCUCAUCAUCUAACCAUUAGUCCACUAAGUGGGAACUUCCGACAAUUGUUACUUCAAAGGUGUCAAACAGAGUAUGAAAAUAGAGAUGAAGCUGCCAAAGGAGAUGAGACUGCUCGAAAACAAUUUCAUGCCUUUGUGUUGUUCUUAGCUGAACUUUACCUUAACCUAGAGAUUAAAGGAACAAAGGGACAGGUUAAAGGAGCAGAAAUUCUUCAAGAAGGCCUUCGGGAAUUACUAAAUGUGCUCUUCUCUAAUCCUGUGGAUAAUAAUUUGAUGUGUGCAGUGAAACUGCUGAAGUUGACAGGCUCAGUUUUAGAAGAUACCUGGAAAGAAAAAGGAAAGAAUGAUAUGGAGGAAAUUAUUUGGAGAAUUGAAAAUGUUCUGUUGGAUACAAACUGUAGCAGGGAUGUGAAAUAUAUGCUUCUGAAAGUAGUGGAACUCCGAUCAAGUAACUGGGGUAGAGUUCUUGGAACUUCUCCACAUACAGAAAUUACCCCUGAAAAUGACCCUAACUAUUUUAUGAAUGAACCAACAUUUUACACUUCUGAUGGUGUUCCUUUCACUGCAGCAGAUCCAGAUUACCAAGAAAAAUAUCAAGAACUGCUUGAAAGAGAGGAUUUGUUUCUAGAUUAUGAAGAAAAUGGAACAGAUUUAUCAGGACCUGGAGAUCAGUAUUUUAAUGACCUUGAUAACAAGAUGGAUCCAGAAAUUGAAGAAGCAUAUGAAAAAUUCUGUCUAGAAUCAGAACAUGAGAGAAAAAAGUGAGGUGUUGUACAUUAAUGUUAGUUUAUUAAACCAGUUAGAGGGAGACAAAAAACAUUUGUACCAAAAAGUUCAUUUUUUCCAAGUACUAAAGUUAUUCAAUUUCCAUUUUAUUAAACAGAAUCUGCCAAAAAUUGUAAACUUAUGCCCUGUAACUUAGUGUUGUGUAUAUAUCGGAGUUUAUUUUAUGGACAGGUACAUGAACAAUGCUUGGGCUGCAAUAAAAUUGAUUUUUAAAGUAUCAUAAUGGAAAUGAAAAUUUAAUCAGGAGCUAUUCCAUAGGAUUGCCCUUGUGGAAGAAAAAGAGGAAGAAAAAAUUAAUUUCAGUUUAAUUGCUUACUUGGUUUAGUAUACAUUAGGACAUAUCCUUUUUACCAUAUACAAGAUCUGGUAUUUAUAUUUUUUAAUUUUUUUUUAACUAAAGAGUAUAUGGUCAAUUAAGUUUUUGGUUUUUUUCUGUAGAUCAUAAUCAUGCAAUCAUGACAAGUGGUUUGUGAAGGGGGUUUUUCUGUGGGGAGUUUUGGUUUUGUUUUGGUUUUCUUUUUCCUUUUCCUUCCUCUUCCAAAACACAUAUGUGUGAGGUCUGGACUCUUUCCUGGAAUAAACGUGUUAUAUAUUGAUAUGUGAAAAAACAACCAGUAUUUUGGAAGUCAGGUUCUUUCAAGACCUUUGGUUUGGGUAAGCUUAUUUUCAACUUUUACAAGCAAAAACCAUCCUCUAAUUUGCUGUGUUCUUCAAGACUACAUGAAUAUAGUUAUGUUUUAACCCAUGCUUCUCCAAGAGUAUAUGCAGUAUAUGCAAUAUUGAUAUAUUUUUUUGAAAGUAUCUAAAAUGUCUAACCUUCCAGCAAUCCUUCUUCCUAUUAGCUGUUAUUGGUUAGACUGAGUAGAACCCCUUGUCAAAACCAAAUGAGAAAUAUUUCCCAAAAGGCUACUGUAAAGAACACGUUAUAAAAAUGCAUGUAAAUAAUUGUUAUGCAUUUGGUGAAAUGACCUGUGUGUCUGCUAACACAGUGAGCACUGACUGUUCUCUGGAUGUUUAUUUAACAUACUCAUUUAGGUUGAAGCUUUGGAAAAGAAAAUUUAACCAGCUUUGUUUCCUUUGGCAUAGCUUUCACUAUCUUGCCUUUUUGCUUAAAAAGAAAUUUUUUUUUUUUUUGCUUUCAAAUAUGCAUUAUAGUAAGGUAAGUGUCUUCAAGAGACUCUACCCUACAUGAUUAGUUUUUCAGCUUUUGUACAGUGGUUUUUUCUCCUAAAAAGUAGCUGUCAGACUCCAGGUGUAUACUCUGUCAACUUGUGAAGACAGUAUGUCUUAGAUGUAGAUAAGAAAUACUCCUAAGUCAUCCCAUACAAAAAAUUUUGAGAACUAGGAAUUGUGUAUUUAAGGCAAUUCAGAUCAAGGUUUGCAAGAAGCUUUAAGCCUGUAUUGCAAUAAGGAAAAAUUUGGUUUAACUUUGUCCUGCUGAGUAAGGAAGACAGGAUAAUCUUUGCCUUAAAUGUUUAACAAUCUGUCCUACUUGUCUUAAAUCUCACAGGAGUCUAAUACUAAAUUAAUGAUGGUGGAAUGAGAUGUGAGAGCAAAAGAAAGAAGCAGGUUUUUUGCUGUCACUAUCACCAUUUGCUGCUUCUCUACUCACUUUUAACUGCCAGUUGUUCUGUGUAUGAUAGAGGUGAGUCUUGAGAGGUUUAAAGAUGACUUCACCUGAAUUUUAACAUUGACAAAUCUCACCAAUUUUAUACAGUGCACUGCGUAAAAGUGUUUUUCAUCUACAAGUUUCUGAACAACACCUCACAAAUAAACAACGCUUUAAUUUUUUUUUCUUUGGGGCAUAAUGGUAAUCCAGUGAAGGCACAGAAGCAUGGAAAGUAAACUUUAGGGUUGAAGUGAAGACUUCUUUAUCAUUGGUUCUGGAAUAUUUACCACUCUUGACAAAUCAAUUGUGAUUUAAGAAAAAUGUGUAGCAUUUGAAAAAUUACACUUUGCUUAAAGUUGUUUCAAACUGGGCUGCAAGAGGUGCUAUUUUGUGUGUGGUUUGCUUUUGAAUGAGUUACAUAUUCAGAAAUUAAGUCAACUUUUUGUCAUGGUUACAGAAGGUUUUUAUUUUAUUCCCUUUUUCCAACUUUGUUUUGGAGGGACUGUCUUGUUAAGAAUGAACAACAUCCCCACCCCGUUUGCCUCACGGGGAGGGGAAGAGGGAAAACAGAACUUUUUCUCUUCCCCGGACCACGUGGGCAAGUGCCUGGAGAGUCCAUGUGGUGCCAUCCUUCACUGGGGCCCCUGCCACCACCACUGGACUGCUACCGCAUCCAGGGAUGAAGGUUAGGGUUUCACAAAAGUGAAACUGACUCAAGACACACCGUACUGGACUGCUGCCACUGCUUGACCGCUGCCACCACUACCUAGACUGCCACUGGAAUGCCACUGCUGCUCCCACCACACAAAACCGCUGCCUAUGCAGGGAGCCCCUGCCACUGCUCUGCAGCUUAGCCAAGCCAAGUGGGGCAAUGCCAGUGCCGGAUGCAGCACUUGGCAGGGAACAAAGAGGCUCUAAACUAACACCACUGCUAGUCAAGAUCUGAGCUUGACCAGGUGCCGUAAA